AUGUCCGACGACAAGAAGAACAACAGCAAGAUCCUCGACUUCGAGGAUGUCCCACGCGAACGCACCGAUGCUCCCAGACCCGACUUCUCCAAACCUCUGCCCCGCAAAAGACUACCUGCCGCUCUGCAAGACACACUGGACAAUGAAGAAAAGCUGUGGGAGACCAUGUACGAGGGUCAUGCCCAAGAGUCCACAGAGAGCUCCGUCCGUUACGCUGGUUAUGCUUCGAGGGUUCGCACCAUCUUGCUGUCUGCCCACCGUUACGUUGCAUAUACCAGUGAUAUCGGCGAGAGUUUCAGACCUAUUGCCCAUCCUUACCUCAUCAAGGGUGCGUAUGGUGUUUCUUGGGCAUACCUCAUCGGUGAUGUCUCCCACGAAGGCUACAAGGCCUACCUUCGUAACCAGCGUGUAAUCAAUGGCGAGGCCGCCGAGGACAUGACUGUUGUAAGCAGUGACAAGCCCGAACAAACAAAACUCGGCUCUGCUGUCUCUGCCGUCACUGGCCUCAAUGUUGCUCAAAACACUCCUGGCAAGGUUCCUCUCAUCGAGGACUACAGAACUGUCAUGGCGCAAAGAGCCAUCUUCCAAGGUGUUGCCAGUAUGGGUCUGCCCGCAUUCACCAUCCACUCGAUCGUGAAGUAUGCUGGUAAGGCUUUGAAGAACAACUCAAACGUAAAGCUCCGAACAUGGGGUCCCAUCGGCUUGGGUCUUGCCGCUGUCCCUGCCCUUCCUUUCAUGUUCGAUGAGCCCGUCGAGCACGCUGUUGAGUGGGUCUUCCACAAGGCUUUCUCAUCAGUCGGUGGAGACGCCGCUGUACAUGGUCGUCCCGAAACAGGCAGGUCUGCUCUGUCUCAAAUAGAGUCCAAGGCUGGUGCCGCUAAAGAGAAGGAAUUGUAG